CACGACUGAUACGGUGGUCGCGGUGGUAGUAUCUCGCACCAUGACACCGAUCAUAUUCGUAUCUACCGGCUCCAUUCAUUUUUGGGUAUAUACUCACGGUUUACCGGCUACAUGUGAUCUACAUCCAGGGGAAUCGCGUGCGCACUGGAUAGCUGGAUGGUUGAUAAAGCGCUUCAGUGGGCAUUGGUGUUUUCGGUGUUUUCGGCGUUUUUGGUUUCGCCAACCUCCGAAUCCCGACUCCGGAAACCCGAGGUCGCCGUCGUUUUUCAGGUACCAACUUACGGUCCACCGGCACGUACGGCGCGACCGGAACCCAUCCUACACUACUAUAUUCAUAUCAUACAUCCGACCGGAAGCGCGGGCACAACGGCGAGAAAUUAAACCCCGAAUAAUCAAAGAUAGGGGGCAGGUUCUACAUUCGUCCGUGGACAGAGCGACGGAAAUAUGUAAUCGACUCGACACGGAUUUCCAACGAAUACAGCAGCAGCGGCGGGUGUCCGGAAUCACGAAGAACCAUGGCACACCCCGGUCGCCGACUCCCCGACUCCCCCGGCAUGAAGGGAUCGCGAAGCGAAAUUCCCCAAGCGAAUACUGGGCAUAGCUGCUUCUUCUAGUUAGCACGCCGACAAUAGUGCAAGGAUGCCUUGCAGCGAAUGCUAGAGGAAUUCCGUGCAAUACGAGGUACCUACAUCCAGAAAUACAGACGGGGAUCGUUUUCUGCUCUGCUCUGUGAUGCUCUAGAUAGGAUGCUCUAGGAUGCCUGACCUGGCAAUCUGUCCACGUGGGAAUCACGCGAUUGCGAACAAACGCGAACCCCUUUUGGGCGCUUCUGCCACCGGGUCCGGGGGAGGGGGGUAGGGGGUCGGGAAUCGGGGGUAC